GGGCAGGCGGCGGCGCUGCUGCCGCGAGCGGGCCCCGGGGCCUCGGCCGGCGGGGGGCUUCGCCGGCCCUCAGUGAGCGUCCAGCAACGCGGUGCCUCCCUCCUUCCUGAAGCGUAGCGGGGAGAAAAGCAGGGGAAGUGCGGUAUUUAUUUCUGUGGGGCCUCGCUCCGCCCCGCAGCCCCCAGCGAGGGGCAGGACCCAGGGCACGGCUGGCCGCCGCCUCGCCCCGCGCCGUGCCGGGCGCUGGAUGCCAGCCCCGCCGCGCUGCCGCGAGCCCGGCGGCGGCGGCUCGGCGUUUGGAGGUGUGCGCGUGUGCUUAACCCCUUCUUGGCUCCUCGGACUUGUACCAUGCUGAAGGUCCUCACCAAAAAGCUCAGGAACCAGACUUUGAACGAAAUUCAGCCUUUCCAGCUAAAGAUCUCCUACCCCCCAAGUGAUGAGGACAGCGAUGACUCUGAGGGAGAGAACCAGGAACUUGUUCAGAUCGACAGAGAGAGAAGACGGAAUUGUACCUUGACCCCUCUGGCCACCAACCAGCUCCAGAACCAGGAGAACCAAUGCUGCAAGGUCCGGGCCCUUCUCCAUGCCAGCCUGGAUCGCCACAGCUCGGAAGAGGAGCUGGAGCGUAUCAACCGAGAGUUUGCCGCUGAGAAGCGGAAGUGGUCCCAGGUCAGCAGACUCGCGUGCUGCAGUGACAGCAACAACACCUCCUCCAGUGACGAAGAAGUGAAGAACUUGUGCGCCAUGUCCUUCCAGCCCGUUGCAGAGCAGGCUGAUGGUCUGCAUGCAAGCCCGAGCCCCGUGCUGUUCAGUGCCUCCCCUCCCAAGAGACUCCAGCCUCUGGUGCGGAACCCAGCCUCUAGACCUUUAAUCUUGACGAGUGUUGGGGCAGGCCUUGAGCAAGUCAUGCCAUGUAAGAGGCAUCGACAAGGAUAUGGGGAUAAAAUCUGCAGGCCCAGCCUUGACCUGGAAAAAAUGCAGCAGAAGAUGCUGCUGAAGAAGAAUUGUGGAAUGAAGACUAGAGUUAUUAAAAUUCGUAGCAUCAACGGAGGCCGCCCGCCGCCCCACUUUGUGUAUGAUCCAUCCACCUUUGCCUUCCGUUCCCUCAGCACCUUGAAGCCGCUGAGCCCAAUAGCUCCGGUGGAAGAACCGUCAUGUGCCUACUGAAGGAAUUUCUCCAAAAACCUCAGGAACUAUCAACCAACCGCCUGCCUGGCAGUGGGAAGGGACGUGGCGAUGCCCCAGGGGUUGGGUGGGGGAGAAGGGGGCAGUGACACAUCUUUGCAAUACGGUCUCCCUGGCAGCACAAAACAUACGGCUUUGCAGCAGUGACUGGUUUCAUACCAUUGGCACACCUGAGCAUUAGCAAGUGGAGAGAUUUUCUUUCAAGUGAAAAAUGACAGGCAACAAGUUCACAAAUUGCGAGGACAGCCACCAGGGCAAGCACAUGGAUGUGGUAGCUGAAGAUAUCCCUGAGGGGUUCAGGGACUAGCAUAGCAGCAGUGAAAAGUGGUCAGGUCCAAACAAUUUUCCAAGGGUACUUGGGUCUACAGUACUUUGUUGUAGACCUGACCAUUCUUCCACUGUAAAGAGAGUUCAGGACUGGAGACAGAGGCUAUACUGGGCUACCUGCAAAGAAAGAUCCCUCUCUGAGAUUGUUAGGAUUGUACUGAAUUCAGUCUUGCUUGAGUGAAGAUCCUGGGAGAGGGAUGUGGGCUGGGGUAACUAGAAAAUGUAGUUCCAUGUUCCGGCUAGUCUGCUGGAUCAGUAAUAUCAUAUUAAAUGAGAUCGCAAUGGGAAGCAUGAGUGUUCUGGUUAUACAGUGGGGGUUAAAAUAAAAUAAAGUUAUAGAAUUGAGGGUUUGUGUUCAGCCAUCCAAGGAAGCAGAGUGCCCACCUUCAGUACUCUCUUUGUAUCACCAGGGAGAUGAACAUGACUGUGCCUGUAUGCUCCUGGGUCUCCUGCCUGUUUUGGGAUAUGCAGCAUUUAUACAUAGCGUUGUCCCAAUGCUCUGCUGCACCUAUAGUGAUACUGAACACAACUGGCAUCAUCAAACUCAAUAAAUUGUCUCUAGCAAGUUGUCUGGUCCCCCUUUAGGCUGGCUGUUAAAUGCAGAUAGACCUCUGUUCUGUCCCAGUGGAGCAGGUAUUCCCGUAUGUAGCAUGGGGUGGAAGGAAGGAGACUGUUUUGUAGCUGUCUGUUGGGAGAAGAAACAAGAAAGUAGCUUCUCUAUUGCCGGUCCUGCCUCAGUUGGGAGCCACGUUAAGUCUUGUUACCACUGGAGUCUGUCCUAGAGGCACAGAUGUGCUUUGUGCUACAAGGUAGCAGUUAGCAGGAGAAGCUGUCACCUGUCAUAGUGAGGCAGAGGAACAAGGCAUUUCCUCUUGCUGCAUCUGAUAAGUCUUUAUUGCAAGUACCUGGUGGAGAGAGUAACCUCUUUGUCUCAGCAUUCCUCAGCUUGACUCUGCAUCUGGCUGAGUGCAAGGGGGAGUGAGUCAUUUACUUGUCUGGAUCAAGAGGAGCAACUGUGAAUAAUAACAUAAAAUCAGUUUUAUUUUUAAAUCUGCUCCACCAUAGGGGUCUUUGAUGCCACUCUUCGGAUGAGUACAGCUCUCAGUAGAAGACCACAGACUGAACCAGCACAUGCUGGUACUUUCUGUGCUAUGAGACCCUUGGGGAAAAGCCUGAAGGCCACCUAGGCCCAGGGACCUGAAUCCCCUAUGGCUAUUCCUCCUUCGCUAGCUGCCUCUCUCAGGCAACCAGAGUGGCUGGGCAAGGCAGUGAGGGGGUGUCCAGCCUGAUGCUGCCCAAGCUCUGCCUGCUCCUUGGCCCUAGGGUGUCACAGCUGGACCACUUCCUGCACCUGCACUGCUUCCAAAGAACCACUUUGGUUUGCUGGUGAGGUGCUUCAGGCAGACCAUCAUGGUUCCCUGCAUAAGUCCCUUCUCCUGACGUAGGCCAAUUCCUCUGCUGAUUCUUCCCACUCCUGUAGAGACUGCUUAUCUUGUUUUGACGGCACACCUCAGCUUUUAACUGCUGCCAGAUCAAGCUGACCAGGGCAGGACAAGAUGUGUCACUCCCUCAGACCAAGUGCCCGUGCUCAAGAGAAGGGACAGCUGCAGCCCGCUAGUUGCCUGAAAAGGCAUGUUCUUCAGGAGGAAUGCAGCCCUCAUGGCCCCUCACUUGUGCUUCUGAGGUGCUUCCCUGGAGCUCUGUUCCUGCCUGUCUGUGGAUGCUGCAGGCUGCCUUCCGUGGGGGCCCACAAGUGGGAAUGUGGAUGUCCUGCCCAUGUUGUUGCCUUUUAGUACUUUUUGUAACUUUUCUCUCUGUCUUUUCUUUUUUUCAAUCAGAAGGAAAAAUAAAAAUAAUGAAAUAAAGUGUAACAGUUGCUAUAUUCA